CCGUUUUUUUUUUCUUCCGAACUGUAGUUGUUUUUUCCGCGGCCAGGUGCAUGCAUUGUUCGUCUCCCAAAAUGGUUUGCGAGACUAAAAUUGUUGCGGACGAGCACGACGCUAUACCUGGGACCAAAAAAGAGUCGAUCAUGUGGAGCUCCCCUCCGUCCAGCGCGGCUGUGAACGCGGCCGAGGCCCGGGAUGUGGGGAAAGACGCGGUGUUUAUCCGCGAGUUCGAGCGCGGGGACCAGGAGGAGGUGCGGCGCAUUUUUUACGAGGGCAUUAUGGAGAGGAUACCCAACACUGCGUUCAGGGGGCUCAGACAGCAGCCCAAGACUCAGUUUUUAUAUGCUCUUCUGACAGUAAUGUGCUUUUACGUGACCAAAUCCGUCACGCUGACCUGCUGUGCGCCUCUGUUUCUGGUGGGCGCGCGCUACUACUACAGCAGGACGGUUAUCCAGAGUUAUCUGGACUGUGCUCUGAACACGGACAUGGCUGACAUAGAGGCCUAUUACAUGACACCCACAGGCUCCUGUUUCUGGGUGGCGUUGCUGGACGGACGCGUGGUGGGGAUAGUGGCGGCGAAAGGACGCGAGGACGACAACACGGUCGAGUUGCGGCGCAUGUCAGUGGACUCCCACUACCGCGGCAAAGGCAUCGCAAAGGCCCUGGGUCGUCGCGUCCUCGAGUUUGCCCUGCGCAACAACUACGCCGCCGUGGUCCUGGGCACGACAGCCGUCAAGUUGGCCGCCCACAAGCUGUACGAGUCGCUGGGCUUCCGCCGAACGGGCCAGAGCGAGGAUUACAGGCUUCCCGGGAUGAGCCGCUCGCCGCUGGAGAGGCUCUUUUUCCAGAUCCGCUACAGCCGCUACCGCCUGCAGCUCCGUGAGGAGUGAUAGGUGACAGAGAGAGGGAGAGAGAGAGAUGGAGAGGGGGGAGAUGGAGAUGAUGAAAGAGAGGGACAGAGAGAGAGAGAGAGAGCAACGACCCUCCGUCACCUGAGAGCCUCGACCGCUUCCUCUCCUCUGACAGCUUUUAUUUAUUUUGUGUCAUUAGAGAUAACUUUGAGUACUUAACACUUCUACUUCAUAUUUAAAGUCACUAACGUCUUCAUUACUAUUAUGCUUUUGUUGCUGUUGUUUUUGUAUUAUACUUUUACAUUUUAAAUGAGACUUUGUUUCUUUAUCUCGGUUUUUUAAGCUAUUUUUUGGUACCUUUACCCCUCCCUUUUCAUUGUGUGAGAAAAUCAGCUUUUAUAUACCACAUCCAACUAGCACCCCGACAAGGCACCCUCCCAGGCCCCUUUAGUUUCAUGACCACGUCCCUGAUCAAUACUCCCCUUCAUUACUCCCCAAUGCCUUCAAUGCCCCUCCCCCAUUACUUCUAGCCUUACCCCUCCCUCCCACAUUCCCCUGAUUUCCCCACAGCAAAAAAAAAAAAAAUUCAACAGACGGGCUUAGAUGUGCAAGAAGACAUUUGCAUCUUUUUUGAGUGGGGGUGGACGGAGCAAUGGAUGGGUUGGGAGGGGCAAAUAUGGCUUUCUUGAGAUCAAAACACACAAAACCUUUUCAGGGAGCCUGUGGUACACACUCUCUUUCAGAAUACUUCUACAAUAUCGCUUCUUUUGUGUGCAAUUUAGGCUGCACACUCACAAAAAAAAACCAAGUAAUUUGGCUGAUUUCCAGUCUCUCAAGACACCAUAUUGAAGCACAGCGAGAGUGUGUAACUGACCCCCACAGUGAGAGAGAAGGAUGGCAGGAUUGUUACCGGAAUAUGUGCUGUGUUUCCCGCAUCCUGGAUGGAUAUGAAUCAACACAGUGCAUCUUCUCUCAUAACCCUGCUCUUCUUCGUCCGCACUGAUUAUCUGAUUGGAUCUCUCCCUGCCAUUCUAUUGUUUCCUAUCCUCAGUUUAUUGCUGCCUUUCUGCUCUCUGAAGCUGAGGAGAGGGUCUCUGAUUGGUUGAGGUGACAGGAGGGAGGAACUUUCUCGCUGACAGAUCCCGAGAAACAAUAUAGCUGCAUGUCAGAGCUUGUGUCUGUGUGUGAGUGUGUGUUUGUGUGUGUGUGUGUGUGACUGUUCAGAGUGUGUUUUUGUGUGUGUUGAAGCCAUGGUCCAACAUAAGACCAUGCCGCUUCUGUGUUUGAUGAACAACUAACCUUUUUUAUUUUUGCGUGAAAAGAUACGCACUUUUCUUGCUACGAGUCAAGUAUUAUCUGACAAAACAUUACUACUUUCUAUAUGUACUAAAUAUUUGUUUACUGAUCGAGGAAAUAUAAAUUCUAUAAUUUUCCGUGUGUUUACUAUUUGACUGAUAAUUAGUAAUUUUGUAAAAACAUAUUACCCCAUUGUAAUAUGCAAAUUUUACUGUCCAAAGUAUGGCCAACACAAAGUAGCCGCAGUCGACACGACACAUAUUUAAUCCAGGUUAUUGGUGGUCAAUUUGGGUAAAACAUAUGAGCAAUACUUGCAAACCUACAGUACAUAACUGAGCACAAACAGCAACUCAUUAUUUAAACAAAUGUAUUGGCAUGAGUGUUCCUCCUACAUGUAUUUAUAUCGUGUAUACAGCUGAAAACUCAUGUAGCGAACUAAAGUUUCUCCCAUAACACUCCUCUCCAUCUCUAUCCUCGUAUCAUUCAACCAGCAGUAGAUUCAGCCAUUCACCAUUCUGAGCCUAAGUUGUGUCGUCACGAGUCAUCAUUUGUAAAAAGUGAAAUGCAAAAAAAAAAAUCAAAUAAUAAAAAAAAUUAGAUAAAAAAAAAAAAAAAAAAAAGAA